AUGGUCUCCCGCAUCCUCUUCUGGUCCGGCUUCGGCUUCGCCGUCCGCUUCUGGCAGAUGGGCAUCGAGAUGCGCCCCUUCUUCACUCGCAAGACCCUCUGGCCGUACCCCAUCUACACGGCCGCCGGUGGCGCCUUUGGAUACUGGCUCCAGGGCGUCGACGACAGACAGACGGCCACGCUGACGGAGCGCAAGGCCGUGCUUCUCGAGAAGCGCGCGCGCAGGGCGGAGAAGGAGGCCGAGGCUCCCUCGGGCGCGGCGCAGUCUGUUUGA